AUGAGCGGCGGGCGCUUCGAUUUUGAUGAUGGUGGCUCGUACACUGGGGGAUGGGAGAACGGAAAGGCCCACGGGCUAGGAUGUUGCACAGGCCCUAAGGGCAAAGGGGAAUAUAACGGACAGUGGCACUAUGGAUUUGAGUUGCUCGGUGUGUACACAUGGCCCAGUGGAAAUUGCUACGAGGGCCAUUGGGAAAAUGGUCGGCGGAACGGAAGCGGUGUGGAAACGAAAGGGAGGUGGGUCUAUCGCGGCGAUUGGUCGCAAGGUUACAAAGGUCGGUACGGAGUAAGACAGUCUUUAAAUAGUGGUGCUAAAUACGAGGGAACGUGGAGCAGUGGUUUACAGGAUGGGUAUGGUCAAGAAACAUAUGCUGAUGGGGGUUAUUUUCUUCCACUUUCUAAUGCAAAAUUUGCUAAAGUUGCCUUAGAGGAAAGGAAAACCUGUAUGAGGAAAACCUGUGUUUCAAAAGCAUCAAGAGGUGGAUUUGUUUUAAAUGUUGAGCCUGCCUCGGAACCGCUACAUAAGGGUAUUUUGCAAAGGACUGGGAGCCUGAGACGAACCCUUAUGCAAGGUCUCCGAUUACGAAAAAGUGAUCGCCGUAGUAGAUCAACAGCAAAUAGUCAAGUUAGCCAAACGAGUUCACGUAGCCAUUCUAGUUCACGUGCUCGUUCUUUGCCUCAUCAAGAUUCACUACGAAGUACAACUAGCACUUUGAGUUCAGGAUCAGCACCGUCAUCAUUAUACGGCGACGAUGUCAGUUAUCUUAAUGAGGAACCUGAGGGCGAUCUAACUGAGGUGUACAUGGGCGAGUGGAAGCAGGAUAAACGUGCUGGCUAUGGCAUCAGUCAACGUUCUGAUGGUCUGAAAUAUGAAGGAGAAUGGCAGAACAAUAGAAAACAUGGAUAUGGUGUCACGACUCGUCAUGAUGGCUCCAGGGAGGAAGGCAAAUGGAAGAAUAAUCAACUGGUAGCAUCAGGAAAGAAAAAAAUCUUCCCUCUUAGGUCUGCGAAGAUAUCUGACCGUGUCGUUAGAGCGGUAGACUUUGCCAACCAGGCAGCCGAGUUGGCCCGACAGAAAGCUGAUAUAGGUGUUUCAAGAGCAUCUCAUGCAAGAGACAAAGCACAAGCCGCAGACGUCACAGCAAUCCAAGCAAGGGAAGAUGCAAACAGAGCUAAACUUUAUGCCAAGGAUUUAUCACACUCACCAGCAGGUUCUGACACAAACAUAAAACUUGAGAGAAAAAAGAGUUUUUUCAACCAGAUUGAUCGCCGUAACAACAAACCAAUAGGAGUUACAACGAGAUCACCCAUUGGCAAUCAAUUGCAGCUACCGACACACACAGGUGAAAACAAUAAUCAAGAAUACUACGAGUCGCUAAGACGACAGCAACUGCACGAAUCAGGUAUAUCAAGCGCUGCCGAUGUGAGUCCCUCUGGAUCCCCUAUGAGAAGCAGAAGAUCACCCAUUGAGAAAUCACACUCGUCAGAUAGAAUGGGGGACUCGCAUAAUGACCAUCACUACUAUAGACAACAACAAUACGAUAGAGGUAGGCGAAUUCCCGAUAGAUUACAUUUAGAUGGUCCUAUUCCUCAGCAGCAUAGUUAUCAUUUUGAUAGUAUGGACAAGGAUUAUGAUGACAGAUAUUACUCAGAUUCGCAAUAUGAUCACCCACGAGAUUCCCAUAUGAGGUAUGGAAGACAUGAUCGCUCCUCCGCUGAGCUGACUCCAGAUUCAGGCGUUAGCACGCUAUCUGAAUCAGAACGUUCAAGAACCCACAGGAAAGAUUAUACUGAUCAGCGAGGCAAGCUACAAAGACGAAGUACUUUUCAACGACAGCAAAAGUUUGAAGAUGAGCACGGUGAGGAGCAGCAGCAGCAGCAGCGUCACCAUGAAAGCGGUGCACGUGUUACUAUCAAAGAGCCGGAUCCAGAAGCUGAUAUGAAUGAUAUUGAUGAUUUCCCGCUGCUAGAAGAUGAAGAAGAGGAUACAACAGAGAAAAAGAAGAAGAAAAAUAAGAAUAAAUCGAAAUAUGCUGAACUAACUAUAAAAAGUGACAAACCCCCUGGCCAUUACAGAUCAUUGACGGGACGUUUUCCUGACGGAUGUGGAAUUACCUACAUUCCUAAAGGGGAUGAAAAUGAGGAUGGCAUACGUGAUCCUGACUUGGAUCCGGAAGCAGUUAUGGUUGUGCGAGGUAAAAAUGUGGAAUGGUCGGCCAGUGGCAAGAUGGUUGCUUUGGUGCUGUUUCUUAAUCUUGGAUUUACUGUGCUUUUCUCGCAACUAUUCACCCAGAUUCAAGAAAUGCCUGAUUUUUGAGACGUUUUCGUCUCACCAAACAGACAGUAACAGGCGUUAAUUGACAGAGAAAUUACAUUUAUAAAGGUUAUAAAGGAGAGUUAAUUAAACCAAAAAAAUUGUAAAUUUGAAAAUAAGUUAGUUAGCAUUGAAUGGAGAAACUUCAGAUUUGAGGUUUUUUUACAAAUCAAAUUAAAGCAAGGUCAAACAAACAAGAUCAUGCUCGGCCGCUGCAGGUCAGUGAUUAGGUCAUAUUUAUUACAAUUUAAAAUUAAUAGUUUGAAUGAAUUUCAACAAAUCAACAGUUAAUUGGUUGUUUUUCUGCAACAUCUAGGAAUGGGCCAAUUCUUUUAAAUUGUAGGAAAUACAGAACGACAACUGGUAUUUUUUUUUAACAAAUUAAUCGCAUUUACCUUGGCUUUUCUACGAAUGGGAUUUUUAACAGCUGAAUUGUUUUUACUUUCAAAAAAAACUUCUAUCACUUUGAAUUUCAAAACUAUUUAAAUGUCUUUAAGUAUUUGAUUAACUCUGUUGUCAUCAGUUUGAUGUGAUUUCUAGUGUGGUUUAAAUGAAUUGGUGAAAUAUCUCAUUUUUUCACUGCUUAUAUUUGUACAGAUAUGGUGAAUUUACCAGCUUGAUGCCUUUAUCUUACAUUCUGUUGCACCGAACCAGUCCUAGGUUGUGUGUGGACAGGGGUAUGCAACGAAAAUCAGAUAUCACUAACAUUUGCAAGGUUGUUAAACAUUUUCAGAAGAUUUGUAUUUCAUGCCUGCAUAAUUUGUUAUCAUCACAUACUAGUGAGAUUCUUUUCUGUGUAUUCAAACUAUCAUGAAAUAUUGAAAGGAAACACAAGAAAAGUUAUUUCUUUGCCAUGAUAUUGCCAAUGGAGCACUUCACUUCAGAUAUUGCUGCUCGUUACAUGCCUUCACCCUUAGUAUGUAACAUUUUGGGUGGGUGUGGAGUCAAUUUAUAUUGUCUGUGGUUCCGAAGUUAAGUCGGGCUCCUUCUCUGUUCUACCUGCACAAACUCAAAAUGCAUGUACCUGGUACCAGUUUUCCAACUUGUUGGCACACUUUUCCAUAAUUUCUUGCUUGGCUUGGCAUUUUUUCGUCCAUCCCAGCACAAGCUCUUCCUGCUGUUUUUUUUUAUU